AUGGAUUUAGCUAUCAAGAUGCCAAAGUGCAAAUCGCGAAAGAAGUCUCGUCAACGUAUUGACAUGAAAGAGUACAAUGAAAUGUGUCAAGAAUCUGACAACUUCAUUACAACAGCGGAACGUCAGCUCCUUUCAACGAUGGCUAUGACUGCCAAGGAAAAAAUGGUUACAGCAUUCCAAUGGCAGAACAAGUGUCAACGACAAAAAAUGGAAUACUUGCUCUACCAUUUUGAUACUCUAACAAAACGUGGUGCGGGUGUUGAAGUAGUGAAUGAAGGAAUGAAAUGGGUAGAUUUUGAAGAAGCGUUUGAGAGUCGUUUACAAAAUAGUGCUGUAAUGAAUUUAGAUUGCAAGGAUAUUAAUGAAUUCCUUGAUGAUGCCUUUAGUUUAUUUAAAGUUAACAUUCAAAAAGCUUUAGACAGGUUUGGUCCGCUAAAAGUUUACACCGUAUUGUUCGCGAAAUUUGUUAAAGAUUCCAUUGAUGGUAAAACCCAAGAAAUAUCAGAUUUAAAGACAUUCAUCGCGAAAACCGGUGACAUUUUAGUUACAACCCCAUUAGAUGAGUGGUACAAUGUUCAUGUUAAACAAGUAACCUUAAAAAGAAUGGAGGAAUUCCAAGAGAAAGAUUCUAAUUGGAGACUUCAUUCUAUUGAAAGGUUGGAGGUUAACAUUAACAAGUACAAUCCCAUGCGCGCAAGUUCUUAUAUCAAUUUGCCAACUUCUAUCAAUCGAAAGCAUACCUGCAUUAAUGUCCAAAAUGCUGAUAAUCAGUGUUUUAAAUGGGCAAUAUUGUCAGCACUGUACCCAGCAGACAAACACUCAGAUCGAGUUUCAAAAUAUAAACCCUAUGAAGAUACACUCAAUUUUAAUGGUAUCGAAUUUCCUGUUUCUCUCAGAGACAUUUCUAAAUUUGAAACCCUAAACAACAUUUCCGUCAACUUGUAUGGUCUUGUUAAAAGAGAUGAGAAGUUUACAGUUUCACCUCUUCAUCUUUCAUCUCAAAAGAAGAUGAAUCACGUCAAUCUUCUUCGAAUUGAAGAUCACUACAUAGAUGAAAAUCUAAGUGAAGACGAUGAUGAUGAAACUGAUAUACCGCUCAUAUCGUUUAACUACCAUUAUGUCUGGAUAAAGGACUUGUCGAGACUUGUUAGCUCAGACUUAUCAAAGCAGAAAAAUAAAAAAUUCAUUUGCAAUCGUUGCUUACAUUAUUUUCUGAAUCAAGAAAAGCUCACUCAACAUGAAGAGCAUUGUCGAAAAAUGAACGACACAAAGAUUAAAUUACCCAAAAAAGGUCAAAAUACAGUCGAGUUUAAAAAUUUUCAAAAUAAGGAACGUGUUCCCUUCAUCAUUUAUGCCGAUUGUGAAAGUCUGUUAAUUCCCUCGGCAGCACCCCAAGAACCAAGAAAUACUGAGGUGUUUCAAAACCAUGAAACUCUCAGUAUUGGUUAUUACUUAAAGUGUAGUUUCGAUGAAUCUUUGUCUAUGUACAAGGCAUCACCUAGAGAUGAGGAAAAUCCAGCUAAAUGGUUUUCCACAGAAUUAAAGAACUUGGCUGAUAAUCUAGAUUCUGUAUUUAGGAAUCCAGUUCCCAUGGAAACAUUAAGUCCACAGCAGUUGGCAGAUUUUCAAAAUGAUAUGACUUGUCAUAUUCGUAAAAAGAAAAUUGCGUAUGGGGAUGUGAAAAUACGAGACCAUUGCCAUUUAACAGGGAAGUACCGCGGACCCGCUCAUCAAGAUUGUAAUAUUAAUUAUGAAUCGCAUAUCAUACCUGUUGUUUUCCAUAACCUAAGUGGCUAUGAUGCGCAUUUCAUUAUUGAUGCUAUUGCUACUGGAUUUGAAGGUAAUGUUUAUUUGCUUCCCAUUAACAAAGAAAAGUACAUUAGUUUUACUAAAAAUGUAAAAGGUGGGUUUCUAAAAUUUCGUUUUAUUGAUUCUUUCAAGUUUAUGGCAUCAUCUCUGGAUAAGUUAGCAUCCUAUCUCGAUGAAUACAAAAUUGUGAAUUCCGUUUUUUCGAAUUACAGCGACGAUAAAAUUCAAUUGUUGACGCGAAAAGGAGUUUUUCCUUAUGAAUACAUUGAUUCAAGGGAAAAACUCGACGAAACAGAGUUACCGCCGAAAGAUAAAUUCUACAGCACAUUAAACGAUUCGAAUGUUUCUGAUGAAGACUAUGCACAUGCGCAGAAAGUGUGGAGUGAAUUUAAUUGUCAAAAUCUUGGUGAUUAUGUAUACUUGUACAUGCAAACCGACAUACUGUUACUCGCGGACAUUUUUGAAAAUUUCAGAAACCAGUGUUUAAUCUCGUAUGGUCUAGAUCCAGCACACUAUUAUACUACACCGGGUUUGACUUGGGACGCAAUGUUAAAGUAUACUGAAGUAAGACUUGAACUCUUGACAGACAUUGACAUGGUAAUGUUUAUUGAACGAGGAAUAAGAGGUGGUGUACAAAUCGAUAUGCAAAAGCUAACAAUCAUUACAUGGAAAAAUUUGAUGAAAAUGAGGACACAUCUUACAUCGUAUACUUUGACGCAAAUAAUCUAUACGGUUGGGCAAUGGUUCAACCGCUUCCCUAUGGUGGCUUCAAACGAUGCACCUAUAGGUUACAUUUUGGAAGUUGAUUUGGAUUAUCCAGAUCAUUUUCAUGAUAAACACAGCGAUUUUCCAUUUUGUCCGGAACACUCGAAGCCACCAGGGUCAAAAGAGGAGAAGCUCCUAACUACCCUCCUACCGAAACGAAAGCACGUUCUCCAUUAUCGUGCCUUAAAACAAGCUAUUGCCAACGGUCUCGUGUUAGUUAAAAUUCAUCGCGUCUUAAAAUUCGAACAAUCCACUUGGUUGAAAAGUUACAUUGACUUUAAUACCACACGAAGAACAAACGCUAGUAAUGAAUUUGAGAAAAACUUGUUUAAAUUGAUGAACAACGCGGUAUUUGGCAAAACAUUGGAGAACGUGCGAAAACAUGUUGAAAUUAAACUUGUGACAAAGUGGGAGGGUAGGUAUGGAGCUGAAGCCUUAAUCUCUAAACCUAACUUCCACAGCAGAUCCAUCUUUAAUCAGAAUUUGGUUGCUGUGGAACUUAGGAAAAUAGAGGUACUAAUGAACAAGCCGGUGUAUGUUGGCUUGACUGUUUUGGAUGUGUCAAAAACACUUAUUUAUGAUUUCCACUACGAUUACAUGUUAAACAAGUAUGAUGAAAAUAAAUUGAAAUUAUUGUACACCGACACCGAUAGCCUGAUUUAUGAAAUCAAGUGCUCAGACAUUUACGCUGAUAUGAAGCAAGACAUUAUGAAAUUCGACACUUCUGAUUAUCCGGUUAAUAACGUGUACAAUAUUCCGCAAGCCAACAAAAAGAUAUUAGGUCUCAUGAAGGAUGAAUGCUGCGGAAAAAUUGUAACAGAAUUUGUUGGCUUGCGGAGCAAAAUGUACAGCGUCCGUGUAGAAGGGAAAGAUAUCAUAAAAAAGGCUAAAGGUGUCAAAGCAGGAGUUGUCAAGAAAAAUAUCGACUUUGAUGAUUAUGUUUAUUGUCUACUAAAUAUUAAAAUGCAAUCUAGAACGCAAUAUUCAAUUAGGUCGAAUCUUCACAAAGUACAAACUUUGAAACGAACGAAAAUUGCUUUAAGUCCUUAUGACGAUAAGAGGUAUCUUUUAGAAAACAGCACCGACACCCUCGCAUGGGGUCAUUGUAAAAUUUUUGAAAUCGAUGACGAUGAGGAUAAACUAAUGUAA